AUGGACGAGCAGCGGCCACUGCCUCCGCUGGAGGAGUUAUAUACUCAAGUGUCAAAAGACGCAUUUGGGAACAAUGAACGGCUUGGUGCAGUUGCGACUGCAGCUGCGACCGCAGCGGAAGCCUUUGUCUCAGUUGCGGCCCCGGUCCGUCAGCAGCGAGAGGACAACAAUGCCACCAAGCCUGUCGUGGAGCAUCGAACGUCUUUAAACGUGCCUACUGAGAUAUUUUCAUAA